AUGGAAAACACGUUGAAGAAGGGUUUAGCAAAUUUCGAGGGGACGAAAAAAUCUCUAGCCCAAGGAAGAACUCACUCGCCGGAGUCGUUAUUCGACCUAGCUCAAUUCUUCAUUCUAAUUGGAGACUAUCGACUCGCCUGCGAGGUUAUUUGGGGUGGUGCCUCGUUGGCUAUCAAAAAUUUCAUUUCCGAUCGUGGAUUGAAUGUCCAUCUUCAUUCACACACUGGCAAAAAAGAUUCGUAUUCGCGCUCUCACAGGAAACGUUCAAAGACUUUGGGGAUCUUGAAAAUUGCCAUUCCUCGUUUUAUACCAAUAAAAUCAAGCAGGAGGAGAAGA